CUCAGCAACAACAGCUUCAGCAGCAGCAGAAGCAAAAGCAGCGUCCGUCGACAGCGUGGAGAGCAAAUAAGCUGCACGUAUCUUCAAUAGGCGCUCUACUCGACGGCGAAGAUGGGGAAAUGGCAGAUUCAGCUGACCGAAUGUAAGGACCAGGAAAUCGGAGGAGAUCUUCAUUUAUGAUACAACCCCGGGUUUAUGCAGCAAUAGGAACAAUUCAAAUAACCAUAGAUUGCCCCUUCCGACCUGUAAAGAAACAUGGAUGUAUCUUCAUCCUCGCUGCAGUACGGAUCAAAAAAGCGGGUUAAGAUUCACCCAGAUACAGUGACAGUGAAAUAUGCCACUCACUUCCCCCAGCCUGGAGAUGAAGGGUACGAUGACGCGCCCUCUUUUGAAGACUUUGGCGCCUUCGCAGAUCCUAAUGUGGGAAAGAGGCUGGUGUCAGACAGCAAAGGUGGCAGGACUUUCUUUGGAACCAUGGAGACCCAGCCUAAGCUGCCAAAUGUGCAGAAAGACAAGGGGGUUGGGGGCCAGCUGGCCAGCUUCGGCGAGGCGAAUGUGUUGGCCUCCAGGGUGACCUGGAUGGCCUUGUUCGGGGCAGCUGUGGCUCAUGGUUGCGUGGCACUUAUUACUCGUUUAGCAGCCGACCGCUCUAAAGUGCCCUCCCUUGAGCUGCUCUUCAUCCGCUCUGUGAUCCAAGUGCUGUCCAUCCUGGUGGUCUUCUACUACCACGAGGCCCCCUUUGGCCCUAAGGGCUUCCGGCUGCGUCUCUUCUUCUAUGGCGUGUGCAACGUAAUCUCAAUCACCUGCGCCUACACCUCUUUUGCCAUAGUACCACCCAGUAAUGGCACCAUCAUGUGGCGCGCCUCUACCACGGUCUUCAGUGCAAUACUGGCCUUCCUGUUGCUGGAUGAGAAGAUGGGCUACACAGAUGUGGUCACAGUGGUGGGAAGCGUGUUCGGUCUGUGCCUGGUCAUGGUGCCAAAUGUGGCGGACGAGGAGAAGUCCAGGCUGGGGUUUUGGAAGGAGGCAUUUGGCUACACAAUGACAGUGAUGGCCGGCUUGACAGCUGCCCUCUCCAUGAUCAUCUACAGAGCCAUUAAAGAGCGCGUCAGCAUGUGGACGGCACUCUUUACCUUUGGCUGGACGGGCACAGUGUGGGGUGCCUCCACCAUGUUUAUCAUGCAGGAGCCCAUCAUUCCUCUGGAUGGGGAGACCUGGGGCUAUUUAAUUGGGAUCUGCAUCUGCUCCACCGUGGCAUUCCUCGGAGUCUACUAUGCUCUUAACAAGUUUCAUCCAGCCUUAGUUAGCACCGUGCAGCACCUAGAGAUCGUGGUUGCCAUGUUCCUCCAGCUCAUUGUUCUGAGAAUGAUCCCGUCUGUCUACGAUGUCAUUGGAGGCCUGGUCAUCAUGGUCAGUGUGUUCGCGCUGACAGGGCUUAAGCUGUACAGGGUGAGCAGGGCCAUUCGGCAGGAUUAUCAAGAGAUCUUAGACUCUCCUAUCAAAUGAGUUUGGAUAUAUCAGUCUAUUUGUUUACAGUGUUGCUUGGUUGUGCAAAAAAAAAGAAUGUCUGGAUCUUCGUCUGAUGAUUUUGUAUUGUUGUGUUGUUGGAAGGGUGCCAGUUGUGUAAGUAAUGUCUUAAUAUUUGUGUGUGAAAUAAAAGACAAAUGUAAUAUGGUGACCAUUUCCCCCUGAUAGUACUGCUUUAAUGUCAAAUUGUGUCAUAUACCAAAAUGUCAGCAAAAAAAAGAGUCAGUUUAACUUUUGUGAUUUAUUUUGCUCCAACAUUUGAAACCACAUUGAAUCUGGUCUUGUGAGUAGAAGUGUAAGAUAAUCGUUUUAAUAAUAUGGACCUUAACAUCGAGGAGGUGUGGGGUAUCCCUCUGUUGUCACACUGCCACACUUGUCACACUGUGUAUGUGUCAGCCCAGAAAUCGUUCAUACUACAUACAAGGAAUGAAAGAAUAAAAAUAAAUACCACCCAUGUUUCAUAAAAUAACUGGUAUUGCUUUUGUUAGCCUUAAUCUGUCGAUCUAAUUUCUUCAAAUAAAACACCUUUAUAGAGGAGCCAGUGUAUGAACAGGGGUGGAUAAAGUGACUUUAUGCGCUGGGGUAGAAACCCUGUCAUACACAAAAUAAGUGCUUUUAUUUUAUACAAAGGAAAACAAUCUGCAAUCUGUAUUAUUCCAUAUAAUAUUUUCUCCCAGAAAUAUUUUGUGCACAAACUACACCUUUCAGUGCUUUCUUUCUGCCUGUCACGUAUGUUCUGGCCCCAGCAGCUGCUUAAUAUUUAACACUAGUGAUUAUAUCCCAGGUUUGGCUUCUGUUUACUUUCAGACGCAUAUCAAACUAAUAUCAAGAGGCAGGUGCACUGGAUUGAAUUAGACCAUCCGCUGUUUCUGCAGUGGACAAUUCAGUGGCUUACCUCUGAGUAGAAAACCAUGCUGAGGCAGUCAGUCUCUGCGGUUUCCCCGGGGCAAACCAACAGCGAUGGAAUGAAAUAAAGACCUAAUGAUGAUUCAGAGGGGAUGAAAGAGGACAUAUCGCAUGCUGCGGUUCAAAAUUGACACAACAUGAAUGUUUCACUAAGAGCCCAGCAGGUGGCAUUCACAAUCCACGUCAUUAUUCAAGACUCAGCUGAAGUACUUGAGUAAAUUAUGAAGGCAAUUAGUGGUAUAUCCAGUGGUUAACAGUUAUUAGCAAAGGACAAUGAUUGCAUCAGAAAUAUCUUAGCACAUGACAUAAAACACUUCAUCCAAGCCCUUUUCAUUUAGAGUGCAGAAGAAGGGUUAUUUGACAAUUUUAUGGCUGAUUGUAGACACAGUAUUUCACCUGAUAAUAUUAUACAUUUAUAACACUCUGUUGAAUGUUUAACAUAUUUCUAUUGAAACUGGAAAAUUGUGGUUAUAAUCACACACCUAGCAGAAGUGUUUCUGAAAUCAAGUCAUGCUGUGUGAUGACAAUACUAUGUCAUGUCACAGUAAAUAAAAUCUUGAAUAAACAUACAACGUCCUUUCAUUUAUAGCUAGAAGAUGAACAACCACCAUCAUAAAUGCAUUAUAAUUAAAAAUUGCCUGUUACUGUGAAAACCCAUUCUGUCUGUUAUGCAAUGUUUUCUUCUUAAACACUAUGGUCAGCAGCAAGUUUAUUUUAAACUUGAAAGGUGAAUAAACAGGGAAAAAUGGGUUUAGUCUGUGUAAUAUGUGAAUAUGAGUUGUAUUAUAAUCUUGUUUUGAGAUGGGGUUUUGGGUGCAGAACGCAGAAUACAUGUAGAGGAGGCCCAUCUGUUUGAGCAGGAAACAGAUUGCAUCCUGCAGCGAGCUGCGCAACCUUCCAAAUUACUCUGCAACCCUCUUCACCACCACAGACAUGUUCAUUAGAAGUACCAUCAUUUCCCAGGAGGUGCCUGAAUGGCAUUUGAUGAUGAGUUAUUGCAUGUAGCCUUUGUGUGCUGCACAGUACAGAUGACAGCCUUCCAUUUUUUUAAUGGAAGGCUCAAAAACACCCGACUUUUACAACUAGUAAAUAUAUCUUUCUCUUCAUCAUUCAAGGCCAUACCUGUUGUACAGACAACUUGCUGCCAACAUUUAGUAAAAAUAAUUUAGGGUUUAAGGUGCGAUUCACUUUUUAUGUGAGCGGAUUGUCCACAAUGUUAUCCUUUGUCCUUCUUUUUAUCUAAUUGUGGAUUAAAAAUAAAGUUGCAAAAGUGCAAAGUAUAAUUUUCACUCAAUUAUACAGCAUGGCGACCAAGCUCCACUGGGUGCUGCUGUACAUGCCUGCAACUUUUCUUCUGGACAGAUGAUUCUGGGUAAACAUAAUAAAACAAA